AUGGCCAGCGAUGUUAUAAAUCCGCUGUCCAAAACAUGGGUACGGCUUCAAAUUGAACCAGUCGAGGUGGCAACCGAUGAAAGCGGUAUAGUGUUCGCCUCGGUACAGUCCGUUGUUCCAGGAGCACAUGGCUUAUACUAUCGCGAAGAUGGUCAACGUCGACCACUCGACUAUGACACGAACACGGGUAGAAUACUGGCUCCACCCAGUGGUUGGAAUGCUCAGAAUAUCUACAUUCAUCUUGGUAAGUUGUAA